CUUCAGCAGGAAGACACACGUGAAGAAAAGCCUCCAUGAGAACGUUACCUGCAGAGUCCUUCUUGCCAGCUGGUGUGGGAGAAAAUUGUAAAAAGCUCCAAGGAAAAUUUCUCAGAAUUAUCUCCUCUGAGUCCCCUGCUAAGCUCUACUGCUGUUAUGCAGUGAUCGCCAUCCUCGCUACAUCUGUAAUUGCACUGUCUGUUGCUUUGUCAGGUAUUACAAAACCUGAAGCUGCCCAUGCCAAUUGCCCGAGAGACUGGAUUGGAUUUGGAAGUAAAUGUUUUUAUUUUUCCAAAGACAUGACAAACUGGCCAUCCAGCCAGACCUUCUGCAUGGCACAAGAGGCCCAUCUAGCUCAAUUUGACAGCCUGGAGGAGCUGAAUUUCCUGAUAAGAUACAAGGGUGACUCUACCCACUGGAUCGGCCUGCACAGAGAGACAUCACAAAAUCCUUGGAGGUGGACGGACAGUACCAAAUACAACAACUUGGUUCCCAUCCGAGGAGAAGGACAAUAUGCCUACCUGAGUGACAGAGGGAUCAGCAGUGGCAAGGAGUACAUGCCCAGGAAGUGGAUUUGUAGCAAGCCCAACAGCUAUUUACAGUGCCCAGUAGUUUCACAGCUUGUUUCAAAGCAAUCAUGAGAGAUCUGUAACAUGUUGUCUAUAGUUGCAGCCUCAUUUCUUUAUCUUAUAAAAUUAUCAAAAUCAA